AUGUGUCUGUUCCUUGCGAUUAUGGUUGUGGGCCUUGCAAUCCCCCUGACAAUUAUAUCAAUCGACGUUUCCAACACACUCGGUGUUCCAUGUUCCCAUCAGUUCAUCAUUGUAUCCACUAUAUGGACUAUUAUUCUGAAUCGUCCUUUAAUCAGACCAACUUCCUCAAGAAAAAUAUAUGAGUUUAUCAAAACUUCGUGGAUUUUUCUGGCAGUCAACAAGUUCUUGGAAGCCGUUGUGGUUCUGUUCGAAUUCUCGGAAUUUUUUGAUUGUGCAACUCUAUGUUUAUUUUCUGUAGUUGCAAGAUAUGUACUAUGUAAUCUGGAAAACGGAAUCACUCAAGCAUCGGAGACCACGCUCACUCCAGAUGACACAAAACCAGUAAACCCUGACGAACAUGCUUUGUCCACGCAAUCUAUUGAUAACCAUUCACUUGAACUUUCCGAUUCUUUUGACGAAGAACAUAUUGAUGAGAAGGCAUUGAUGAACAACAAAAGUCUUAACCACGAGAAAAGCGAAAAACGACGCUUGAAGAAGGCUAAGAAACUUGCGAAGAAGAAUGAAACAAAUGGAACCGAAGAACUCACUAUCCCCGAUUCAGAUGACACCCCAUUCACAUUGGUAACAUCGAAAAAAGUCUCAGAUAAAUCACAGCCAGCCGAGCCGUGCUACAAAGAUAUGAAUUACGAACUGAAUCCGGUCUUCCUGAAGGUUAAAGAAACAACUGUCACGAAUAAAAUUGCUACGACGACUUCAUCGCCACCGACUUCUGUGUCGACUUCUUCUACUUUUCCAAAAAUCGAAAUACUACGAAACGAAGAAUAUCAUACCGCUCUAUCGUCUAUGACAUCAGCUUCAAGCGAACCGCAACACUUUCAAAAUGCAGAUCAAUCUGCCGCUGAUCUCAACUCAGUAGCGACUAAUGAAAAGUCUCCUUCGAUGGAUCCUCACCUCGUUGAAAUGAGUUCAGAACCAGAUAUGGAGAGUGAGGAUGUAUCACAAAUGAUCUGCGAAGAGUCCACUUUCAUACCGAGCGACGAGGAGAGAAAAAAACGAGUAAUGAUGACAAAAGCGCCGUUCACCAGAAUAGGCAUGACAGAUCCCAAAGGCAUUCUUCUGUUUCUUCAGAAAAUCGCUGUUCAGCACUAUUUGGGUGUUCCUUUGUAUGUUCGGUAUUAUCGUACUCUUCUCAGCUUGCAAUUCAAUUCUUCCCGAGACGCAGAUUCAUUCCGUUUUAAAUUUAGUGGCAUCAGUUACAAGGAUCCGGUUCUCCAAAUGAUGAACCCCAAACCGGAAGUCCGCCGGGACUUCAGUCUCGAAGAAAUGCAAACUUUUCGAAAUUCUCGAAAGUUUGUAACUCAGGAGAACAUGAAGGCUGGAUACAAGAAAUACAUCUUGAAGGAUACUCAUCCCGAAUUAAGCUGGGAAUACUAUAAUGGCGAAGGGAAAUCACGAGUACCAGAAUUUUUGCCUCAAGAUGCUCCUCCACAAGAAAUCUUUCAUUCAAUGCAACCUGUUCCCUUGUUUCAGCCAGUGAUGGGAAACCCAUAUGCUAUGGUGAACAUGGCAAACAAUACUUCUGGGCCAGUGAAUCAAAUCUUGCUUACCAAAAACGCACCUCCAUCAUAUGGAUGGUUUAACUACGGGAACAACACCAUGAUGCUUUCAACAUCAAGUAGUUAG